GGACAUCCAAAACUCAUUGUUACAGGAAAAACAAAACAAAAAUUAUAUCGAUUCAAUUCACAGCACUCGCCCGUCCUGCAUAUGCUUUGAUUAUAAAACUAAUCAUUUUCGUUCAACUCCAUUGCCGGCCCCAGACGGGAAAGCGUGAGCGUGUCGCCGUCCUUGCUGUUAAUUUCAAAGGCUUCUAGCGAUGAAAUCAAUGCACAAUCCUAUUCCUAUAUAAGUGCCCUCCAAUGUUUUGCAGAUCGGCGUGUCAGCUACCUGAUCAUCUACUCAAUUUAAUCUGACCAUUUAUUUUUUGAGCUUCAAUUUUAAGUGUCCCUGUCAAAAAUGGCUUAUGCUCGCAUCGCCUUCCUCGCCAUUUCCAUGGUUCUGCUUUCUUCUGUUGCUACGGCGACUGAUCACAUCGUGGGCGAUGACCAGGGCUGGACUCUUGACUUUGACUACGCAGAAUGGGCAAGGGACAAGGUUUUCCUUGUCGGCGACAACCUCGUGUUCAACUACGACAACACGAAGCACGAUGUGUUCAAGUUGAACGGUUCGCUCUUCAGCAAUUGCACCUUCCCGGCUGCGACGGAGGCACUCACCAGCGGACAGGACGUGAUCCCACUAGCCUCUCCAGGAAGGAAGUGGUACGCUUGUGGUAAAGCUGAUCACUGUGCUUCUCGCGGAAUGAAGCUCGCCAUCACUGUUCUGGCUAAUGGUCCAAUGUCUGCUCCUCCUCCUCCUCCUUCCUCUCACGCUCUGUCAUCGUCUGCUUGUUCUGGGCCACUCAAGGCAGCCAUGCUUGCUGUUGCAGCAUUGAUCUUCGCGUGAUUGAUCAUCAGUUCAUUAGUGGCGGUUUUGUUCGAGUCUGCAGGAAUUACUUGAAUUUCUUCCUUUCGAUGUAUUCUUGUUAAACGUAUUUGAUUGUUGGUUUAAUU